AAGGAAGGAAACGGUAAAAGAGGCGAAUGGAUAAUUAAAUGUUGAUGCAAAUAAGUUAUGGAAGUCCGCCACUGCUUUACGCUGCGACAUCGGAGUCAGAGGCGAAUUCUAGAUCCAGAUGGGACAAGACACAAAGUUCUUACAUCAGACUUCAAGACGAAGAAAAUUAAUAAUGGCUUCCUACUAAGUAAAUCCACUAGAGGAUGUUUUGUUCCAUCAUAAACAUGGAAUAUUUCGAUUAAGCGACAAACUCCGUUAAAAACAAUUAUAAUCCAUUUAAUAUCGACGAUUACAUUUCAACUUAUUCAAACUUCAGCUGUCGUUAAAUUUAAAACCUUCACGCCUCGACAGUGAUAAGUUUUGUGAAGUUUUCUAUUAAACGUGUUGUCAUAAUUCUUUGAUCGCUGCAGAUUCUACCAUCACGAAAAAAUGAAGCCGCAUUUGAAUGAUAUCUAACCCUCUUUUUUUAACAAAAAUUUUAAAAAAAAUCUUGGAAUUCAGACAUUUUGUGUGCAACAGAAUUAAGCCGGGUUGAGAUAAAACAAAGACUCCAGUCUCCCUAAACCAGAAUUUCCCGAAAUAAUCGGAUAUAUUUCCAUCUAUACCACACUUCUUUAUGGUGAGGUCCAAACCUGCCCAGUGGCGUGUGUGAUAGUACCUCGGUGCAACUCAGUCAUGUGUUGUGGGUGGAAAUAAGUAAUGGAGGGCGAAAUUGGAAAAGAUCCUGUCUCGGAGGAACUCUACGGCGUCAGCAGAACGUCGUCCAACAGCGACGUAGAACAGUACCUCGAGUCUCACCCUCAGGUCGUACAGAGAUGGCUGUUAGAGAAAGCGGAUCCAGACUUCUUGCAGAACUUAUUGCAAUGUCGAGGACACCUCAGCGUCACCAGCGUAGGUCACGAAGGAUCGCGGAGUUCCUCUACUGCAAGUCUCCAGCAGGAUGACGGACAAGGGACCAACAACGGGGCUAUCAUCCCCAGGAGUAAAAGGAAUUCCAUCACCUCGGAACUCUUCCAAAUUUGGCUCGCCGCUUCGCCCAUCAAGAGGGCGAAGUCGCCCAGUAGGCCUGUGGCUAGCAGUUUCCGCCGGAAACAGCUGAACUUGAUGGAUGAGAGCGAACUGUUCAUGGAGCUGAUCCGUGACGUAGCCAACGAGUUGGACAUCGACGUCCUCUGUCACAAGAUCCUCGUGAACGUAGGCCUUCUGACGCACGCAGAUCGGGGAAGUCUGUUCCUCGCCAGGGGACCUCGUGAUUCUCGCUACCUCGUCGCCAAACUCUUUGACGUCACCGUUGAUACCGAGCUGGAAGACGCCGUAAAGAAAGCCCGUGCCGAGGAGAUCCGGAUACCAUUCGGCGUCGGUAUAGCCGGCGUCGUGGCGCAAAGCAAAGAAAUCGUUAACAUCAAAGACGCCUACCAGGAUCCCAGGUUCAACAGCGAGAUCGACUUGAGGACCGGGUACAAGACCAACCUGAUACUUUCCAUGCCAAUAUGCAACUAUGAGGGAGAAGUGAUCGGGGUGGCUCAGAUCAUCAACAAGACAAACGACACCAAAGAAUUCACCAAGCGUGACGUUGAGGUAUUUCAGAGGUACCUGACAUUCUGCGGAAUCGGAAUACAGAAUGCUCAGCUAUUUGAAAUGUCUGUACUGGAAUUUCGGAGAAAUCAGAUACUGCUGAAUCUCGCGCGUAGCAUCUUCGAGGAGCAAAACAACCUGGAAUGUCUGGUGACGAAGAUCAUGACAGAGGCCCGCGAUCUUCUCAAGUGCGAGCGAUGCGCCGUCUUCCUCCUGGACACCGAAUGCUGCGAGGCGAGCCACCUGGAGAAAAUCCUUGAGCGUCCUAACAGGACCAUACAGGAAAGAAAACCACUGUGCAGGAGAGAGAGUAAAAACGUCAACAUCGAAGACAUCUUCCAGCCGAGGCUCAACAUCCAUUUUACAACAAUUUUCGAGUUGCGAGCAGCUGCCGAAGAGGCCCUCGUCUUCCGUCCGAAACAAGAGGAACUCUGCAAAUCACGCUUGGCGCAAAUCGCUCGCUACGUUGCAGCUACGGGCCAGAUCCUAAACAUCGGCGACGUAUCCACGUGGAUGAACCAUGAGAUGAGAGAGGAUGAAGAUGGUUUCGUGACUAGGAGCAUCCUCUGCAUGCCCAUAGUUAAUGGGCAAAAGACUGUAAUCGGAGUAGCGCAACUAAUUAACAAAGGAAAUGGACAUCCAUUUUCAGACUGCGAUGUAUCGAUAUUCGAAGCCUUUGCGAUAUUCUGUGGCCUAGGAAUCCACAACACCCAAAUGUAUGAAAAUGCUUGUAAGCUGAUGGCGAAACAGAAGGUCGCUUUGGAGUGUCUGUCCUAUCACGCGACGGCUUCCUCCGACGACACCUUGAAGCUAAGCCAAGACGCCAUCCCAUCCGCCGAGACCUACAACCUCUACAGUUUUACCUUCAUCGACUUCGAUCUGACGGACGAGGACACGUGUCGAGCUACGGUCCGGAUGUUCCUGCAGUGCAAUCUCGUCAAUCAGUUCCAUAUUCCGUACGACGUGCUGUGCCGGUGGAUUCUGAGCGUAAAGAAAAACUACCGUCCUGUAAAGUACCACAACUGGAGACACGCGCUCAACGUGGCCCAGACCAUGUUUGCCAUGCUCAAGACCGGCAAGAUGGAACGCUUUAUGACCGACCUAGAGAUUCUAGGCCUCCUCGUGGCAUGUUUGUGUCACGAUCUGGACCACCGGGGGACCAACAACGCCUUUCAGACGAAAACUGAGUCACCGCUCGCCAUUCUGUACUCCACCAGCACGAUGGAGCAUCACCACUUCGACCAGUGCGUAAUGAUUUUGAACAGCGAGGGAAAUAAUAUAUUCCAGUCUCUCUCAACAGAAGACUACAGGCAUGUGAUGAAGACUGUGGAAAAUGCUAUAAUUUCAACAGACUUAGCGAUGUAUUUCAAGAAGAAGGACAGUUUUAUGACAUUAGUGGAUGAGGGAGAAUUUGACUGGCAGAGCGAAGGGAAGAAGGAAUUGUUGUGUGGCAUGAUGAUGACAGCUUGUGAUGUCAGUGCCAUCGCAAAACCUUGGGAGGUGCAACACAAAGUAGCUAAGCUAGUGGCUGAUGAAUUCUUCGACCAAGGAGACUUGGAGAAACUACAGCUCAACCAACAACCAGUGGCUAUGAUGGAUCGGGAAAGAAAGGACGAAUUACCACAAAUGCAAGUUGGGUUCAUAGAUGUCAUCUGUCUUCCUUUAUACAAGGUAAGUACGAGACAGUUCUCAUAUAAAACCACCCAUUCUCCGCAGCGACAUCUUAUUUCUCUUACAGCCAACUCAGAACAACCCAGAGACAUUGAAUUCACAGUGACGACACUCAACUGCGCUCACGGCGCGGAGAAACGGACAGGAUUUGAGCCUGGUCACCAUUUUCAAAGGGCUAACGGAAGUGCCGGAAGUAUUGGAGGUUCUACCUUAGGAAAGUUCACGAGCCUGCGUAAGGGUAAGACAUUAGGAAAGGCGGUCAAAGAGCGUCUAAGCAGUUCCUUGUACAGUAGCAGCAGCAGUGGUCGUAGCCAACACCAACAGCAUGAACCAGAGACUAUUCUUGUACCGACCAUCCCAGAACUAAAGAAUAAAAACAAUAAACCUGUGACGCAACUCCACAAAGGAAAGCAGCACAAACCUAGAAGCAAGUUGUGUGCACUUUUAUGAGGUGCGCGCGCACUUCCGACGACAAGUGCGCAAGAACAAUGCGCACUGCGUCGAACUCUGUAUUCGGCUGUGGACGAUGUCAAGAGUCAGCUUUCAGACAUGGCAAACAGGUUGUAAUGACUACGACAGACACUGAAGCCUGUCUCAGCGUUCCUUCUUUAAUUGGAGUAUCUAAUUCCAGAGGAGUGACGCUGUUUUGUUCUCGACAUUCCUAAGGAUCUCGUUUCAAAUAUUGGGAUUGGUUACACCAAAUGCCCACAGGAGUCCAAGAGCUACUACAAACCAAUAGAAAUCUCAGAGUACUCCUUCCAACAUACACAGUGAAGUUCCAUAAAUAAAUAGAAGUUCACUGCAAACCCUCCGGCAAUGUGUUGCAGUUAUUUGAAAGUUUACGAGAUCUGUUAAUAUUAUUUGUUACUAAGUUUGCAGGCAGAUACGAAACAGUCAGUAGGAAAAGUGAGUGGAAUAUAAAUUAUAAUUUUAUUUGUAAAAUUUUCAUUAGCAGGGCUGACAAUAUGUGAAAAAUAUAAAUUAAGACCAUAACAUACAAGAAAAUAAGUUGGUUCCUCCGAGGUCCAAUGUUAAAUGGCUGUGCGUUAUCACUGGACUGGACGCUGUUAACGUUUGUGUAUAUAAAUUUAUGAGUUUCGUAUCACGGAAAAGUAAGAC